GCGCUCAACGAAGGGAUAGUUGGAUAUUUCGUUUGCACGCAGUACUCGCACAACAUUUCAGACAUACUCCAAACUAUUCGGGUCGAACAGUUCGACGGAUUUUUGAAGAAAUUCUUUUUUUUUGUCGACCAAUUAUUCAAGUCAAAAAUAUCAAUUCUACGGAUUAAAUACGAAAACUACUCUGGCCAAUUCAGUGAUCAAUUCGUUUAGGUGCAUAUUUCGUUCAGUUGUGAAAUUACACGCGAUAAUACGAAUCAAGCUGCUUUGUGCAACGAAGACCGAAGUUUGUGCAACGAAGACCGCUGCCAUCAAACAUUCGACGCAAUUUUCAGUCGCUGAGUUAGCAUUUUAUUGUCCGAAAUCCCUUUUCUCUCUUUUUGUUUACACUUGUGACACUUGUGUGUGUGCGACAUCAUUCGUUUUUCCUGCAAACCAAAAGCCAAACCACAUCAAAAUGGAUCAAAAAACGGUCGAAGGUGAACAGGCAGAAGGAGUGAAUGAACAACAGCAAAACAUGGACAUUAAACAACCACCGCAAAUCUUCAAACUGAACGUCGAUUGCUUCGAGAAAGUGUUCGAUUAUCUAUCAAUCCAUGAUCUACACUCUUUUGGGCAAACAUGCAAGCGAAUGCAACGGGUCGCCGGCUACUUUUAUCACCAACAAUUUUCCGACUGUUUUUUACGGUAUAAUUGUGGCAGUAUUGGUUUUCGUGAAUAUACCGAGAAUCUAGAAGUUCGAGCCAGAAGCCCUGCUGAUGAAUUGGAUUUGGUCAACGUUGAUUGGGAUGCAUUCAAAUCGGUGAAGAGAAUCUAUUUCCGUAAUGCUAAUUUGGACCAAAUCAAAAUGAUGCCCCAGGAAUUCUUGAGCCGGAUCGAAGACGUUAUUUUGUGGCGUUGUGAAGUGAAUGGACCAUUUUUCGAAGGUGUUCUUGGACGAUUUCCAAACGUAAAAAGCUUGAAAAUCCUAGCCAGUGGUUUUGAUGAUGAAUGGGUUACCCGAAAAUACCCGAAACUGGAGCAUUUCACAUGGUUUACACAAAACAGUGCAAGUGCUGGCAAAUUGGGAUCAUUUUUGCGGCAAAACCCAACCAUUCGUUCGUUAUCAACGAGACUACAUUUGCUUUUGCCAAACGAAACCGAAGUGAUGGAACUCGAAUUGGACGAUUUGUGUAUUCGCACGGCUUUGCUACAACAUUCUGACUGCGAAUUCCUCAAUAUGCUGCAUGCCAAAGGCGUAUACAAACGAUUACAUAUGAACACCGAAACCAAUAAAACAGUUGUUAACAGACUGAGCUCAUUGAAGUCCUUUGUUAGAUUUGUUGGACGUGAUUUUACUGAAACGGUCGAUUUGUCAUCACUUGUAGACUUAAAAGUGCUAACAUUCAAUACAAAAGACAUCAGCGAUUGCGCGAACAUUGCAAACAAACCGGCACUUGCGCAAAGCCUUGAACAUCUCAAUGAAGUGAAUUUCUUUGCGGCCGGUGUCGAUGACAUUAUACCAUUCGUGCACCUGUCACCAAAAUUAAAGAAGAUUGUCGUCAUCCUUCAAUUGGGUGAAGAUUAUUACAACAAAGCCAUCGACCCAGUUGCAAUGAACCGUGAACGUAAAAAAUUGUUGACCAAAACAUUGUAUGUCAGCAAAGUGACGAUUUACAUCCCCGAAUUAAAUUACCUGGCAACCAGGUGGAAAACAACAGAGAUCGACUUGAAGCUGGUCGAAAUUAAGUGCAUUGAAUAACUCGAUGCAUGAAACACUCAUCUUCUGAUGCAAUGAUCAAUUGAUCAUUGAUUUCAAAUAAUGCUUGAAUAAGUUUACUGAUAAAACAAACAAUUGCAACAAUUUGUCACAA